UUCCUUUUUUGUAGAACUUUUUAAAUCAUUAAAAACCAACUUUUCUCCUUUUAAGGGAACAAAAUCCCACUUGCAAUUACGAUAUGGAAGUUUCGACAAUUUAUUUUCGAUUUCACUUAAUACAACUUCACCUAAAACUUCAUUUUUGGUUAUUUUUGAUGGUUUUAAUCGACGCGGGUUAAAAAAUCCUUUAAAAUGAGUCCAAACACCACAUAGUUAUCUUAAUUAGUUCCCGAGAUAUCGCGAUUUUUAAUUAAUCGAUCGUCUUUUUUUUAGUUAAACGUCAAAAUUGAAAUGGGGAUAUCUCGGGAACUAUUUGAGAUAACUUGGUCGUGUUUGGACUCAAAUUCUUCGGUUUUUCGCGUAGAUUACGAAUUAUUUACCUGAUUUUAAAUUUGUUAUAACGAAAAUUAAAAAAAUUAAUUUAACACUUUUUUUAAGAAACAUUUUCGUCGCGAUUAGCCGAAUUGAAUGGGCCGAAUUAAAAAUAGUUCGCGUUUUAUACCAAUUUGAUUCCGAUAACGAAAUUAUUUUAAUUUGUGACUAAAAAAGGAAUAAUUUUUUUGCAACUAUUUCUUUAUCAAGGUAACCUUGCAAUCUUGGGAUUUUAAAAGAUAAUUUUACAUUUUUUUUUUAACUAAAAGCUUACGUGGAGCAAGCAAACGUGUUUAAGCGUGUUUAAAAGUAAGUUAUUCCGAGAUUAUUUUAAAACAAAACAUGAAGAUUUUCGCUUUUUUGGUUUUCGCGGCGAUUUUUAUUAAUUUGGCGCUCUCUGAGUGCGAAUCUUGCAAAAAAUCAAGCAAGAAAGAGAAAAAUAUUUACUCGAAAGAAGCGAAUGAAGGCGAUUUUAAGCACGAUGACGCCAAAAAGCUCAAUCAAGAAGACGAAAUAAUUAAUGAGGAAGAAAUUGGGGAGAAUUCAGAUGAAAAAAAGGAUGUUGAGGUUGAGCAAAAGAAAAUUGACCCCAAAAAAGCAAAAGAAGUUUUGGCGGCAAUCAAACAGCUUGGGGGUCAAUUAAACGACAUGUUUUCGAAAUCUUUUAAAACACUCCACGACGCGGUUCCGGAAAUACAGGGGGUAAUUCAAAACAUGACCGAUGAGGCUAUAAAGGUGGUCAAAAAGACGUCGAUAGAGUCCGGAAAGAACCUCGAUAUCGUUUCAAAGACGAUUAAAAACGUUAUGAAAGAAGCAAAAGCCGAAGUUGGGGAAUAUAAAAAAUUUUUGACGGAGAAGCAAAAAUUGACCGAAAUCCCCGAAUCAUCUCUAGAAAUAAAAUCGGAUGAUUCUAACGAAGUUGUUAAAAAGAUUACGGAAGAAAUUGAACGAAUGAUGGGUGGAGGAAACAUCAUUAGUGAUAUCAUGAACGAUAUCCCAGACAAAAUUGGUGUUAUUCUUGGAAAAGCCAAUAAAAAGUUAAAAGAGAAAUUAAUAAAACACGAAAAAGACUUAAACGUCGAUUUGACAGACGUUAAAGUUUACUGCGAUAACCAAAUAAGUGAAAUAACUACUUCUUUGAGCUCAAGUUUAAAGCAAACCGGGGGGUUGUUAUCGAUGACGAUGAACACGAUUUUAACGCUGGUUUCAACGCUUAAAUCGCAAAUUAAAUGAUCGUAUUUUUAGUAAAAAUAACUUUAAUUAAUGGUAAUUAUCAUGUUAUGAAAGAUAAAUGUUAAAAAUUAUGUUUAAAAAAAAUCAAUUUAUUUUUUUUUAACUUUA